CUGUCAGGGGUCUGCCGCUGAGGUCGCAGACGCUGGCCGCAGACAUGUCCAGCCCCCGGAGAAGCGUCGACAGCCGUCCAGCGGGCCCGGGGACGGGCGCGGGGGGCAGCUCCGGCAGCCCGGCUCACGGGAGCCACGGCGGCGGCAGCGGCAGCGGAGGCAGGUUCGAGUUCCAGUCCUUGCUGAGCAGCCGCAGUCCCGGCACCGAGCCGAGCGCGGCGCGGCUCCGGACCUCCGAGAGCCCGGUGCACCGCCGCGGCUCCUUCCCCUUGCCCCCGGCAGCCGCGUCGCAGCCGCCCCCGCCCCUUCUGCCCGAGGAGGACUGCAUGAAGCUGAACCCUUCCUUCCUGGGCAUUGCUCUCCGCUCCUUGUUGGCCAUUGACUUGUGGAUGUCCAAGAGGCUGGGCGUGUGCGCCGGGGAGAAGUCGUCCUGGGGCAGCGCCAGGCCCCUCAUGAAGCUGCUGGAGAUCUCGGGCCACGGCAUCCUGUGGCUGGCCUGCACCGCGUACUGUCUGUACCAGAGUGACAGCUGGGCCGGCCGAGAGGUCCUAGUCAACCUGCUCUUCGCUCUGCUAUUGGACUUGGUCUUGGUGGCGCUGCUCAAAGGGCUCGUUAGGCGGCGAAGACCCUCGCACAACCAAAUGGACAUGUUUUUCACGUUCUCGGUAGACAAGUAUUCCUUCCCCUCUGGCCAUGCCACUAGGGCCGCCCUGGUGUCUCGGUUCAUCUUGCACCACCUGGUGUUGGCCAUUCCGCUGAGGGUGUUGAUAGUGCUGUGGGCCUUCAUCUUGGGCCUGUCCAGGGUCAUGCUGGGAAGGCACAAUGUCACAGACGUAGCUUUUGGAUUUUUCUUAGGUUACAUACAGUACAGUAUAGUGGACUAUUUUUGGCUGUCUCCCUUCAAUGUCCCUGCUGUUUUUGCUUUGUGGAGUCACCAGUAAAUAAUUUGACUGUAUAUGGGACCAGAAGAUAUGGAGGCUUCCAGAAUAAAAAGGACCAAAGAUACACCAGCACCCAUCUUGCUUAGUUAGCUCUUGUAGACAUUUUGGACUUCCUUUGGAAUUUUGAGUCUAAAUGAAAAGGUGUAAUCCCUGCCAUCUUGAUAGUUGCUAGACUGAAGCAUGUGCCAGCCAUAAGGUGAACACAGCCAUAUUAGGUAAAUAAAAUAUUUAUAUAGGGAGAAGUAGACAUACAUAGACCUUCAUUAACAACUGUCAGCAAGCCAAUAACAAAGCAACCAAACAGUUUCUCUUGCUGUUGAAGAAUAUUUUUUUUUGAAAGUUUAUAUCAGGUGGAUAAUACAAUUCCACAUAUCACCACUACAUGACACUUCUUUGUAAAAGGGAAAGGGGGGAAAAGAAGUGUUAACUAGAAUCAUAUUUUACAUUAACAUACGUGAACAACUCAGUAGUUUGCUGUGUUGUCCCAUAGAUUUCAAACAAUUUUAAAAAUUUAAAACAUAAAUUCCACUACUUUUAUCUCUGAAAGUCUGGUGCUACAGAUGUGUAGAUUUCUAAUUUAUUUACUUUUAAGAACCCACACAUUUUUGUCGGGAUUUUUUUUGGUAGAUUGGGGGGAGGGCACAUUUUGGUCUUUGUUAAUACAGCAAAUUGGGACACAGAGAAGAGAUAAAGAACUAUUUUUCCUCAUCCCAUUAAAAAAAAGAUGAAAACUAAUCUUUUCCAUUCCUAUCUAAUACUACCUGUUACCAUAUGAAAGAGAACCCAAUGGCUGAGAGAAACUCCAAAAAUAGAAUACAUUAAUACUUCAAGAACCUACUAUUUCAUCAGAAUGAGUGCACCUUCCACCAAUGCAGAUUAUAAGCCCUCCAUGCCUUACUAGAUGGUUUCAUGACUUGUGGAUGAAAAAAAAAAGAUUCAUCACCUGGUGGCAAGUCCAUCUAUGGUUAUAAACUUCUCCAACUUAGCCAGAAUGGUCCUUGGAACAGAGAUAUCACCAGGCCUGUAUGGGAAGCCUUUCCAGCAUGGUGGGAUCUAUCUUGCAGAGCUUGCAUUUCUUUGACAUAGUCUUCAAGAACUCAAAGCUCCAUCCACACUAUGGUGAGAUGCCAAAAGACUUAAGUGGAGGAGCACACAGUAUAAAUAGAAAAGGAAAAGAAAAGGCUAAGAGGUAUCAAUUAGAAAAGUGUGGGAGUGGGGCUGUCUUUCAGUUAGUUCUACGGCAGUUUUGCUGGACAUUCAUGGUGACUUGAGUAGGUCAGAUAUCCUAAAACUGUGAUAGAAGGCAGUAAAAAUAAAUCUCUUUCAAAAGAGUUCAUUAAAAAGCCACUUGUUGGGAAAGAUCAAUUAGAAAGUUGCCUAUGAGGAAACAUUUUCUCUAGUAGAGGGAAACUGUGAGUUAGGCCAUAUAUUAUAUGAACUACUCUGUUAAGAGAUGUGCUUUGUUGCCCAUCAUUUCUACUCAGUAAAGGAUAAACUACUGAAAAGUGGGGAAUGGGAACAAUCUUUUCAAAUUGACGAUGCAAUUUUUCCCAAGUACAACAAAAAGGGCCUGUGUAUUUUGUAAUUUUUAUGUUGUAUUUGGGUGAUGUUUUUUUCCUGUAAUGAUUUUGAGGGUGAUGAAAAUUAAAACAAUCAGAUUAUCAAAACAUCAUCACUAUGAGCUUGCUGUUGUACCAUGCACGAUAUAUAAUUACUGAACUUCCUUCAUGCUGACUUGUUUUCUUCAGAGAAUUUCAUCCAGUGUGCUUCCACAAAUCAUAUUAUCAAAGACAGCCUAAUCCAAAAUGCUUAUCAUUCCUCAACUAGGUUGGGGCGGCAGGGGAGUUGGGGAAAGGGGGGGAAGACUGGUUAAAUUAUUUAAAUGGCGCUGUAGCCACAAAGAACCCUUAAGUUGGACAAGGAGUCAAUCAUUAUAAAAUUCAGUAUAAGAAUGUUAUCAGCAUUCAUAAAUACAAAAGACUGUGAUUGACGGUACCCUUUUGCAGAUGUAUCAUGUAUCUGAAAUCAGCUAUGGCAAAUAUAGCUGAUUCUAGCUGUGUAAAAGAGUAAAAUUCUUAAUGGUAGAUGGCACUCAGAAAUUGGAGCUACUCCUUGGGGAAUGGAAUCAUUUUCAUUUCACUUUAACCCAACACUGACUACUUCUCCAUUUCCAGAAGUCAACACAGUGAACUGCCCUCAAUCGGUGAAGUUCUAAAUUAUUUUGUUCCCUUUUACUUUUAAAGAUUUCCUUUACAGCAAUGUUGUGCCAGAUGUUUAAAGUUGUGAGACUCCUAUUCAUAGCCCCCAAAUUAACUCCUAGGGGCUUUUAAGAUGGGAAUUUUGUUGAAUGUUUAUACCACUGAGAUUCACUUAAUUAAGUGGCACCUAAGUUUACUGAUUCUCAGACCACAGGCCUAUUUUCUUCUUGAUUGAGAUUUGGUGGAGAACAAUGCAAAUGGAAUAAGUAGUACUUUAGAAUGGACCAUAAAUGUCUUUGUAUUUUGUAAAAGAAGGAAUUCAAUUUCAGAAUCACAAUAAAAUCCAACCAGUACUGUUAA